AUGGCUGAGGGUCUGUGGCGAGGGCCUAGCGCUGAUCAGGAUGUUAGAUUUUCGGACAAAGACACGAAGCUCCUGAAGACACAGAGAUUCGCAAAAAUAUUUGAUAAACCUGUGGAUAUGAAGAAAGUGAAGAAGGAAGUAAUAUACCCGUGGAUUGCUAGAAGAGUGACUGAGCUCCUUGGAGUUGAAGAUGAGGUUCUAAUCAAUUUCAUUUUCAGUCUACUCCAAGACGAGGUGGAUCCCAAACGCAUGCAGAUACAGCUGACAGGGUUCCUGGAGAAUCACACGACUACUUUCAUGAAGGAAUUGUGGAAAAUCCUCCGUAACGCUCAUCGCAAUGAGCACGGGAUUCCGCAGAAACUUCUGGACGAAUUCGCCGAGGAGAAUGGAUUAAUUCCCACUGAGGUAGGAGAUGCGAGAAAAAAAGCGUUGGAAGCUGCUGCAAGGCUCUCGUCAGAUAUCCUUGAGGAGUCUCAAAAGGAACGCGGGACGAAAGAAGACCACGAGGUUCCGACGAUCGACGGAGAUGCAGAUUUGCAGAGAAGCAACCGAAGCAAUCACUUCCACGCACAUGACGAAGACUGGAGAAGGAAGCGCUCUCACAGUGCAGUUGAACGACGGGAUUUCAAUGCGCACAAGCGUAGAAGGUUCUCCAACCAUCAUGGAAAUCGUUACAAUCACAGCGAUCGAUUUCCACUCAAUAAUACCCAUAGAUUUGGUCGUUUUUCUGACUCUCACCAACAGCCUCAAUGGCAUCGCAACUUACGACGUAAUAGCUGCAACCCAACACAAUCAUGGUCGUCGGGAAAAGCAUACAAGAGGGAGGGAGCUGGAAGGUCCUUCCGAAGCAACAACUCUAACCGGCGUAUUUCCGCCAGCAUGACAUCAUACCCACCUGGAUUCAACUGCUCGCGGAAUGAGACUGAUUCACUGGCUGAACUGAAUGUCAACAUUGAACGGCAAAUGACUUACCCUCCUGGAUUUGAGAAAAAAAUCAACGCUGAGCCCCACGACAUACAAGAUACGCAGCAGCCCCAAUCACCACCCCCAGGAUUUGAAUGUCGUCGAGAACGACGUUCUCAGAUCCAACCAAGGAGUUUCAAGAGGCCUUCCUCUCCUCAAUUCAGCCGGAAGAGCCAGCCUGAGGCGCGCCUGAGUUUUGAAGGGCCAUGCGACAAAGCUAAGCACGCAGGACAGCCUCGGUGCACUGAGGGCUCUGCUGUAGCUACUCCUGUCACUGCUCAUGUUGAAAGCCAUCAGUGUGCUGCUGCGGCACAUCCUGCUGGUGGAUCUUUGGACAUUGGAGGUGCAACUGGACAGGUUGGUGUUGACGGUGGAAGGUUUGUUGGUGCUAUAUCUCAAGCUGCCUGCAGUUACGCACAAGCCUCUUCUAAAGCCUUGGCUGCUAUAGCUUGCGGAGUCAAAGAUCCUUCUCAUUGCAGAAGCCCGGACCAGCAAGAUUCGAGCCACCAGGUUGAAGACAUGGACAUUUCGUCUGAAGAUGAGUCGUGUGUGAAGAAGGGCGUGAUGGAUUCAGCAGGCUCCGCAGGAGAGUGGGAGGGUAUGGAGACAAGGGACGAGAGGAAGGCAAGGAAGAAGGAAAGGCGGCGCCACAAGGAAGAGAAGAGGGCACGGAAGGAGGAGAGGCGGAAGAGGAGGGAGGAGAAGCGGCAACGUAAGGCGGAGAAGCAGGCUGCCAGGGAGGCGAGCAAGAAGACGGAGAGCGGUGGAGAUCAUCCAGAUGACUGGGUGCCCCUCCCAAUCAUGGAACCUGAAGCAAUGAAGCAGGAUGCGGAGAUUCAAAUCUGUUCCCAGGAGUUCGAGGAGAGAGACAGAAGGUGGCUCGACACUGUGCUCCUGGAUGGUCCUGCUGACAUUUCACAACCUGAGGAGGAUCCUGAUUGGGUUUCCAUGCCGAAGUUGGCAGCAGCAGGCAAGGCUGUGAUGGAAUCUCAGGAGCAUCACAAGACAAUCACUGCAGAUGAACAGAGGAAAGCAGACCUGGAGAGGGAUUUGAGGAUGAAGGUGAUGCAUUCUUUUCAAGCAAGGCGCCUGACAGUUGGAGAUGCUGCUUGCCAGUAG